AUAAAUUCUCUCCCUUGUUUCUUUCUUCUUCAUUUCCCCUGCCUCUUUCUUGCUUUGUAUUUUGCCUACUUCUGGAACAGUUUUCUGGCCAUGGCUUUUGCUAAGAAAACCAUGCUCUUCUUCCUAAUGUUGGCUCUGUUUGGAGUUUCCCUCGGUGCAGUUUACAAGGUCGGUGACUCUGCCGGCUGGACCACCAUCGGUAAUAUCGACUACAAGAAGUGGGCUUCCUCCCAUAAUUUUCACGUCGGCGAUUCUCUGAUUUUCGAGUACCACAACCAAUUCCACAACGUGAAGCAAGUGAUCCACCAAGAUUUCCAGUCAUGCAACGCCUCGUCUCCCGUGGCCACCUACACCUCCGGCUCCGAUUCCAUCACCCUCAAAAGAGCCGGCCAUUACUACUUCCUCUGCGGUACUCCCGGCCACUGCCAAGCCGGCCAGAAAGUCGAUAUUUUGGUCACAUCACCUUCUCUGCGUCCUGCUGCAAGCCCAGCUCCUCAUGGUUUGCCCCCAUUCGGCUUACCUAUAGACUCCACGGCACCAAGCCCAGCUCAAAGCGUUGCUCCGCCGUCCCACCACCGCCUGUCUCUGCUUUCUUUGGCAAUUAUUGCCUCUGUCUUCCUUGUCUUACUAGUUAAUUAAUAGCGUAUGUUGUCCUCUUCUUUAUCGUUAUAUUGCUACAGGAGUGCCAUGGUGUCACUGUGUUGACCCUAGACUUGUCCCUUUUUUUUAAACCUUUUUGGGUGAAUUUGAACAAGACUUGUCUCCUUUAAAGUUUAAUGGAAGUUAUUAUAUGAAUUAAAGUAAUUUAAAGACA